AGCCUGCUAACAGACAUGCUCAGUCUUGUGAUUCUCCCCACUCCUACGUACACCAAGAUGGCGUCCUCUUUCCUAACUCUGCUGCUUAAGCGGCGCUUGGGUCUCACACCUGUCAGAGGUGUCUACUGGGUGCAGACUACUUCCCAGGCAUUAUGCACCAAAGUUUCCCCUGAGGAAGAAGGUUCCAUUCCUGUCUCCCCCGAUCAGAAUGCUCCGUGGGAAUAUCUGGAGACAGAAGAAUACCUGACUCGAUAUGGCUCCCGUCCAGUCUGGGCUGACUAUCAAAGAAACCAUAAAGGUGGCAUCCCACCACAACGAACCCGUAAGACAUGCAUUCGAGGGAACAAAGUCGCUGGAAAUCCUUGCCCUAUCUGCCGGGAUCAGAAGCUCCAUGUGGACUUUAGAAAUGUGAAGCUCUUGGAACAGUUUAUCUGUGCUCAAACAGGUGUCAUCUUCCAUGCCCCAUAUACAGGUAUCUGUAUGAACCAGCAUAAGAAGAUGACAGAGGCCAUCCUGAAGGCUAGAGACCAUGGUUUCCUCAGUUAUCACAUCCCCCUGGCACAGCCACGGGAUACUGAUUUCAGCAAUUCUCAUGGAGCUGUGGGCUGUACUCCAAUGGCUCCUGCCUUAGCUGCAGGUACCUCCUGGUAUCCAUGGUACAAUUGGCAGCAGCCACCUGAGAGAGAGCUGUCCCGAAUUCGACGUCUAUAUCAAGGCCACCUUAAGGAAGAAAGUGAACCCCUUCUGGAAAUGAUGCCCAUGAGUCCAUCUCAAACUAAUAUUCUCCCAGAGGGAGAGGAAUCCAAGAGUAUCCACUAAAAUGGAAGUCAUGAGAAGGGAUGAAUGUACUGUGUUGCUCCAGAGCUUAAGGGAUGGAUGUGAGAAAAUGCUCUAGCCUAAACUGAACUGAUCCUUACCCCUACUCUUCUUAGAAAUGAGUAGGAUAGUGGCAAGUUCUGGCCUAGAAGAAAGGAGAAAAUAGACCGCAAAAUGAAGCAGCAUAUCUAAAUAAGUGUUUUUGAUUCCCCUUUCUGCUGCAGCUUCCCCCUAUAUUUUUAAGUUGCAGGUAUAGGGGUUACCAAACCUGUCAACACUUUAUAAUAAAAAAUUAUUUUAUUA